GGGCUUUUGCAAGUCGUGAUGGAGGCGAUCGAUGAGUUGUCUCAGCUCUCCGAUUCGAUGAAACAGGCGGCGUCUCUGCUCGCCGACGAAGAUCCCGACGAAACCUCUUCUUCCAGGCGCCCCGCCACGUUCCUAAACGUUGUAGCAUUAGGAAAUGUGGGAGCUGGAAAGUCUGCAGUUCUAAACAGUCUAAUUGGGCAUCCAGUCCUGCCGACGGGGGAGAACGGUGCUACACGGGCUCCUAUAAUAAUUGACUUGAGCAGGGAGAGUUCUUUGAGCAGCAAGUCAAUUAUCUUGCAAAUCGACAGUAAAUCUCAGCAAGUUUCAGCGAGUGCCCUGAGACACUCUCUUCAAGAUAGACUCAGCAAAGGAGCCUCAGGGAAGAAUCGUGAUGAAAUAUACUUAAAACUUCGUACCAGCACAGGCAAGUCCUUUUCUACUUGCUUAAUCAUAACUCCACCACUGAAAUUAAUUGAUCUGCCUGGACUGGACCAAAGAAUUGUGGACGAUUCAAUGAUUGCUGAAUAUGCACAACACAAUGAUGCCAUACUGCUGGUGAUAGUCCCUGCUAGUCAGGCAUCUGAAAUUUCAUCAUCCCGAGCCCUCAAGAUUGCAAAGGAGCAUGAUCCAGAGAGUGAGUACAUCUGUAUUUUUGAAAUACUAGCUAAUCAUCACUUCAAUUUGCUUACAAUACUUAUUAGCUAUCACCACUCCUCCCUGCUUAUAGGCACUAGGACAGUAGGCAUUAUCGGCAAAAUUGACCAGGCUGCAGAGAACCCGAAAGCCCUCGCAGCAGUUCAGGCUCUUCUUUCGAAUCAGGGACCUCCAAAAACAACUGACAUUCCAUGGGUUGCUCUUAUUGGCCAGUCCGUUUCCAUUGCAUCAGCACAAUCUGGAAGUGGAGAGAACUCCUUAGAAACUGCAUGGCGCGCUGAGAGUGAAAGUCUAAAGUCCAUUUUGACUGGGGCACCACAAAGCAAGCUUGGCAGAAUUGCCUUGGUGGACACCCUUGCUAGCCAGAUUCGUAGCAGAAUGAAGAUCAGGCUUCCAAAUAUAUUGUCUGGGCUCCAGGGUAAGUCUCAAAUAGUGCAGGAUGAGCUAGCGAGGCUUGGUGAACAACUAGUUAAUAGUGCUGAAGGUACAAGGGCUAUAGCUUUGGAGCUUUGCCGUGAGUUUGAGGACAAAUUUCUUCUCCACUUGGCUGGUGGUGAAGGAAGUGGUUGGAAAGUUGUUGCAAGUUUUGAAGGCAAUUUCCCCAACCGUAUCAAGCAGCUUCCAUUGGAUAGACAUUUUGACUUGAACAAUGUUAAAAGAGUUGUUUUGGAGGCAGAUGGUUAUCAACCUUAUCUUAUAUCUCCAGAGAAAGGGUUAAGAUCGUUGAUAAAGAUUGUUCUUGAGUUGGCUAAAGAUCCAGCACGUCUUUGUGUUGAUGAGGUUCACCGAGUUCUUGUUGACAUAGUUUCAGCCUCAGCCAAUGCUACACCUGGACUCGGGAGAUAUCCUCCUUUUAAGCGAGAGGUUGUAGCUAUAGCAAGUGCAGCACUUGAUGGUUUCAAGACUGAAGCGAAGAAAAUGGUGGUUGCACUAGUUGAUAUGGAACGCGCUUUUGUACCACCUCAACAUUUUAUCCGUCUUGUGCAAAGGAGAAUGGAAAGACAACGUCGCGAGGAAGAGCUGAAAGGACGGUCUUCUAAAAAGGGACAAGAUGCAGAACAGUCCCUUUUAAGCAGGGCUUCUAGUCCUCAGCCAGAUGGGCCAAUGGCUGGUGGUAGCAUGAAAUCAAUGAAAGACAAACCUAGUCCGCAAGAUAAAGAGACGCCGGAGGUCUCUGGUCUGAAAACUGCUGGACCUGAGGGGGAGAUAACAGCAGGGUAUUUGAUGAAGAAAAGUGCAAAAACUAAUGGAUGGAGUAGGCGAUGGUUUGUUCUGAAUGAGAAAACUGGAAAGCUGGGAUAUACCAAAAAGCAAGAAGAAAGAAACUUCCGGGGCACUAUAACUUUGGAGGAAUGCACUAUUGAAGAAAUUCCCGAGGAAGAAGUAGAAAAGUCAAAGAGCUCGAAGGACAAGAAGGCAAACGGACCUGAUUCAAAAGGACCAGGACUUGUAUUUAAGAUAACCUGCAAGGUUCCCUAUAAGACUGUACUAAAAGCCCACAAUGCCCUUGUACUUAAGGCUGAGAGUGUAGUCGAUAAAAACGAGUGGAUUAAUAAGUUGCAAAAGGUUAUUCAGGCUCGAGGAGGCCAAGUGGGCAAUGUUUCAAUGAGACAGAGUUUUUCAGAAGGUUCACUUGAUAAAAUGGUUAGGAAACCCAUCGAUCCAGAAGAGGAACUCCGGUGGAUGUCCCAAGAAGUACGAGGUUACGUUGAAGCUGUCCUUAACAGUCUUGCAGCCAAUGUUCCAAAGGCUGUUGUUCUUUGUCAAGUGGAGAAAGCAAAAGAAGACAUGCUGAAUCAGCUAUACAGUUCUAUCAGUGCAAUAGGCAAUGAGAGGAUUGAGUCACUGAUUCAAGAGGAUCAGAACGUCAAAAGACGAAGAGAGCGUUACCAGAAGCAAUCCUCUCUUCUUUCUAAGCUCACGAGGCAGCUUAGCGUUCAUGACAACCGAGCUGCUGCUGCUGCUACAAGUUGGUCCGACAAUGGUGGCACCGAAAGUAGCCCAAGAACCAGUGGAGGUUCUUCAGGGGAUGACUGGAUGAAUGCCUUCAACGCCGCUGCUAAUGGACAGUCAGAUUCAUUGUCAAGGUACGGAUCAGGUGGUCACAGCCGCCGCUACAGCGAUCCUGCUCAGAACGGAGAUGCUGCAUCACCAGGCUCUGGUAGCAACCGCCGCACCACACCGAAUCGGCUGCCACCAGCACCACCACCGACCCGGUAUUAG